AUGUCAUCCGCAGCGGCUCGCCCUGAGACCGCUCCCAUCAAGUCCUUCGCCAUCACUUCAGACAGCCGUCGGCCACAGCCAAUCAAGCAGUCUCACGCAUAUACUGAGCAAUUACGCAGCCUGGUUCAUUCUCUCUCCGAGCUCCAGAGAUCCGGCUAUAUCAUUUACCAGCCUUCGGGGCAGGACCUGGAUCGCAAGAGGCGAUGUCAUCGAUGUGGUCGCCAUCUCCCAAAUGCCUUCAAAAGGGUCAAAUGGCUGCCAAAGACGCCUAUUCAAGGGGGGGAUGGUGAACAUAGCGAAGAGCUGCAGUUUAAUAGAAUGAAACAGACGGUUAUGCAUUGCAAGUAUCAUCCUGGGAGGAUCUUCCAAAGGAAAUGGUCAUGUUGUAAUGGUGCACCUGGGGCGCCCCCGUGUCAGGGCCAGGAAGACCAUACGCCAAAGAUUUACGCUGCUGGGGAGCUAGAAAGAGAGUGGCGAUACUAUGGAACUCCCGCCGCUGAAUCAGGUGGCCAGAAAGCGGUAGCAGUUGUCAUUGACUGUGAGAUGGGCACGGCUUCGACGGGAGAGACUGAAUUAAUUCGAGUCUCCGCCGUCGACUACUUCUCUGGCGCUGUUCUUCUAGACAGCCUCGUGUAUCCAGAUGUUAAGAUGAUCCAUUAUAACACGAGAUACUCUGGAAUUACCAGGCAACAGAUGGAGAAUGCGCGGCGUACGCGAUCUUGCCUAUUUGGUCGUGCCAAUGCACGAAGAGCUCUAUGGAAGUUUGUCGGCCCUAACACUAUAGUCAUUGGGCACGGCGGCAACUCUGAUCUCACCUCUUUGCGCUGGAUCCAUCCAGUCGUUAUCGACACGUUCAUUGUCGAAAAGAAAAACAGGCCAAUAGAGGAGGAUAAGGAUAACAACAAGGAUAACAAUAAAGGGGGGAGCAAGGGCAAAGAGGACGACACGCAGAUGGAAGAAACCCCCGAGAUCCUAACCAGUGACGUACCACUCAACGGCGGCAAUGAAGACAGCCAAACAAACAAUAAAGAGAAAGAGAAAGAGAAAGAGAAACAGAAAGAGAAACAGAAACCCCCUAACCAGCCAAGGCAGAGAGGAGGGCUAUCUCUAAAAGCACUCGCAAAAGAGAGACUUGGACGAGACAUUCAAAUGAGUCAUAAAGGGCAUGAUAGCGUGGAGGAUUCCAUUGCCGCAAGAGAUAUAUUGCACUGGAAUAUCCUCAAGCUCCUUGAAGACGUAAUGCCAAAGAUAGAGAUCGCAUAG